CGGAGCGAUGGCGGAGGCAGCAGAGCAGCCCCGGGAUGAGGCCCUGGUUGAGGCCGGCGCCGAGGAGGCCGUGAAGAUCAUCUGCCUGGGCGACAGCGCCGUGGGCAAGUCCAAGCUGCUCGAGAGGUUCCUGCUGGACGGGUUCCGCCCUCAGCAGCUCUCCACCUUCGCCUUGACGCUGUACCGACACCAAGCGCGAGUGGACGGGAAGGCGGUGCUCGUGGAUUUCUGGGACACAGCUGGACAAGAGAGGUUCCAGAGCAUGCAUGCCUCCUAUUACCACAAAGCUCACGCUUGUAUCAUGGUGUUUGAUGUGCAGCGGAAAGUCACCUACAGGAACCUGAACAACUGGUACAAGGAGCUGAGAGAAUUUCGCCCGGAGAUCCCUUGCAUUGUGGUGGCCAAUAAAAUUGAUGCGGAUAUGAAGAUGACCCAGAAAAGCUUCAGCUUUGCCCGGAAGUUCAGUUUGCCCUUUUACUUUGUGUCUGCUGCAGAUGGCACCAAUGUAGUGAAGCUCUUCAAUGAUGCCAUCAAGCUGGCGGUUACUUACAAACAGAAUUCAGGAGAUUUCAUGGAUGAGGUCAUGCAAGAACUGGAGAGCUUUGACCUGGAGAAGACGAGUGAGAAUGUGUCGGAUCAAGAGGAGAGCUGCCCUGAAGAAAAGCCCCCAUCCUCCUAAGGACCGCAUUUGGAGUCCAUCUUUUCUCUCUGCUCCAGUUGUCAGGGGCUACAGGAGCUCACCUCUGCAGGGGAAAGUGAUUUUUCUCGUGCCCUGAGAUCUCUGGUGAUGGGGAGACUGGGCACCAUCUCCCUUGGCUGGGCCCUGACUCCCUGUGCCUCGCAGUCGAGGCAGCAGCGCGAGCAUCCGUGUGCUUCUUCGAGACAAAGCUUGCUGGGAGAGCUGAGCCACUCGUGUACCUGCAGGGAGGGUCCUGCCCAGAGACUUUAAUGGUACCUACCACAGAAAAUAGUUACUAAAGACUUUUUUUUUCA